CUUCGCUCCAAUGGGAAAAGAUGCUGGCUCCGACAAUAAAUGAUCUGUGUGUAAUCACAUUCAAAAACACACCAAACCCCCUGCCAAAUACAGAAGAGGGGUCAGGGUUGCCAAUCCGAAGAGAGGAUACAAAUAUCUAUUUUUUACUCAGUUCUGAUACGUUGUUCACUUUUCAUUCUUUGGACUUGUAAACUUAAUUGCGCGAAUUCAGUUUUUGCGGUUAGAAGCUGCAAGUUGUACAAAAGGACACGCUGGGUGGUGGUGAGGGAAUCAGAAGAAAAAGAGGCGCCCAAAUCAAUCUUUUGUGGUGGUGUAUGGAUGGAUCCUGGUUCUGUGCUAGCACUAGAUCGCAUCGCAAUGGGCACAGACGCGUUAAACACGUUUCCGAUGAUCAGUCCUUUUAUUGCACCAGGGAGUCGAGGAUAAGAACGCGUUCGUAUUAGCUGCUGUGAUCCGUUUAUUAUUGUUUUUUUAACUCGUAUUGCCACUGCCGAUGUGCUGAGCGCGGUUCCGAUUGAAUGAUACAGUUAGGACUGAAACAAUGCCGGUUCAGAAUAGAUACAAUCUGGUGGACGAUGCUGGGGACUCGAGAGUUCCUUUGCAUAACGAAGAGGCUUACCAACAUGGGAUCAAUUUUCAGGCUAAGUACGUCGGGAGCCUGGAUGUGCCAAGGCCAAACAGCCGUGUGGAAAUCGUGGCUGCAAUGAGAAGGAUCAGGUAUGAGUUCAAAGCCAAGAAUAUCAAGAAGAAGAAAGUGAGCAUCAUUGUGUCAGUGGACGGGGUCAAAGUGAUGCUGAGAAAAAAACAGAAGAGAAAAGAAUGGACGUGGGAUGAAAGCAAAAUGUUAGUGAUGCAUGACCCGAUCUACAGAAUAUUCUACGUAUCCCACGAUUCCCAAGACUUAAAAAUCUUCAGUUUCAUCUCCAGGGAUGGAACUAGCAAUACCUUCAGAUGCAACGUGUUCAAAUCCAAGAAGAAGACACAGGCGAUGCGUAUGGUGCGCACCAUCGGCCAGGCCUUCGAGGUGUGUCACAAGCUGAGUCUGCAGCACGCCCAGCAGAACGCAGACGGACAGGAAGACGGGGCCAGCGACAAGUCUGUAAAGGAGGUGCAGCCCGAGGGUCGCCAGUUAACUGGAGCAGAGCAGGAUGAGGAGGGGGAGACGGACGGGGAUCUCGAGGGCUCCACUCUGUGCGAGCAGGCCGUCUCCGAGAUCCUGCAGAGCCUGGCCAAGCUCGACGUGGUCAAGACAGCCCAGAUCCUCAAGGAGAGCAACUUCCAGGAUGUUGAGGACUGCUCUGUGUACAAAGCCGCGGCUCACAAGAGCCUGUCUCCCAGCAGCCCUUGCUCCCCGGCGCUGACUCCCCUGGCAACCCAACACCACCUGCAGCUGAUCCAGCAUCAGCUUCAUCAGCAGCAGCAGCAGACGCAGGUGGCAGUGGCACAGGUCCAGCUCCUGAAGGACCAGCUGUCUGCGGAGACUGCCGCCCGGAUUGAGGCCCAGGCCCGGGUCCACCAGCUCCUGCUCCAGAACAGGGACCUCCUACAGCACGUGGCCCUGCUGGUCUCACAGCUCAAAGAGCUUGAGGUCAAAGUGCAGUGCACUCACAACAAUGAGAAAAGCUCCCUCUGGAAUUCCGUGUCAACGCAGUCUCUCUCGCUCAACCUGAAGAACCACUACAGCCUGGGAACAGAGCUGCCCAUCACCUCCACUCCAGCGGGGGAGCUAGUGAACACCCCUGCCCCCCUGGACCAGAUGGAUGGGGCCGAAUCUUACCUGAACCUCCUGAACCUGGAGAAGGGGGAAAGCAAUGGGAAGAAAGAGGUAGACAGGAGCGCGGAAGGGUCGGAGGUCACGGCCAAUGAGAACGCUUUCCUGAAGAUUGACAGCUGGACUCACAAAUCAGGGAAUGACAAGUUUCAACAAAUCAUCCCCAAGCUCAACCCACCACCCCCGCCCCUCAACAGGAAGCGACCAAUUAGAACACUGUCUCCGGGUCAAGAGGCGGAGCCCAAAGCCACACCCAUAUCCACAGAGCAUAUGAACGGCAGCCUGGCUCCCCACCACAACACCACGAGCUUCACUGACGUCACUGCCUGCACGUUCACCACAUCUGAUUUCGAGUCUUUUGAUGGCGAGAGUAAAGCUCUGCCCCCGAAUGGAACCCAGAAACCAUCUUUAGCCUCUUUAAAAGAGGGACUGUUUAAAGAGAACGGGACUUUGCAUUCUACUACUGAAAGCUACAGCAGUAAACUUGCAGAUAAACCUGCUUCCCUGUCAAACGGCAUCAGAACGAGCCCGGUGAAGAACGUGGUAACCGUGGAAACCAACUAUAACAGCACGCUUCCGUUUUCUUCUGCUUCCGACGAGACGUGCCUCCACAUCAGCUUCUCUGAGGACGAGCUGCUUGACAAUGAAGCUGAUGAUUCGGGAUUGCCUCUGCAGAGUUAAGAUGUCACCAGCGACCUUAAGAAACUCUGCCAAGACUAUAGAUUUUAUUCCAGGUUGAUUUAUUGGGAGACAGCCACGGCUGUUCCAAGCAUUUCUUUAUAUACAGCUAUGGGCAAAGGUUUUGCAUCGCCAAGAAUUUUACUUGGAUUGAGACAUUAAUUUAAAAACAAAAAACGAUAUGAAGGUUUUUUUUUUUAUUUAACAUCAUGUAAUCAAAUAAACUACAAAGUGAUAUUGUGUUAGAUUUUUGAAAUGUCACAUUUUUCCAUUUUUUUCUUUAAACAUAUGGAAAAAUACAAAGCGGUGUGUAAUUCAAUAUGUUAACGUAACAUUAUUCAGCAGGUUUCAUUCGACUUUAUGAAGCAAAAUUAGUUAAUUCUACAGGGUGAUGCAAAACUUUUGGCCAUAGCUUUAAAAAAAAGUUUUUUUUAAAAACAUUUUAUUUUUGGUCCAACAUUUUAACUACUCAAAGUAAUGGUUUAACUGGAGGUUUUGUAACACUGUAAACUACAGUCAUGGGUUAUAUACAUACAGCAUCACAUGUAUCACUUUAAUUGUAUUACAUAGGUUUGUGAACACUAAUCCUAGAAAGAUACUGUAUUUAAAAAAAGUUGCAAAGAAACAUUGGUAUCCAAAGCUGUAAAUCAACCAGCAACUGUAGCGACCAGAACUGACUCUUUGGAACAUAUACCAAAUGCUUCAAAGAAGUAGUGUUCGGUAUGCAUUGUUAACUUUUUGUUUUAAUGUAUUAUUUAGCUCUGAUUGAUUUAGUGAGCAUAAGAUUGCUUGAGGAUGGUAUUAAAUGUUAACAGUCUUGAAUAAUUCAAAGGAAAACUGCCUUUUUGUCUUCAGGCUACCCCGCUGGCACAGAAAGAUGAGGGGGUUGUUUGUUAAGCUGGUUAAGUGAAGGAACAGGGAGUCGCGUCAUGGAAGGAAGGUUGAGUUAAGGUUGAAAAAUGGUUUAAGGGUCUUUUAAGUAGUUACCAUUCUGUGUCUAUUGGCAGGGAUACACUGAAACUAAAGCCAACCCAAUGUGGUCCAGUAACACUAAUGGAAGUGUUUCCUUAAUAUAUUAAAUAUCAUAGAAUAGACUUCUAUACUGAAAUCAAUUUCCAAAAAUGGAACAAUGCGAACAAUGUAUAUUGAGACACUUGAAUAACGCUGCAUGGACUUACAGCAUGAAGUUAUUUCUUGAAUGCCAGCCUAUUUUUUUUUUAUAAGGCAGAACUGUGAACAGCACUUUUCAGUUCUAACUUGUAUACAGGAGAAUUGGAUAUUUUGAUGAAUGCAAAGAUCUUUUUCUGGUGUCAGCAAAAAUCUUUUAACAUUAGCAUGCAGUGGCUGGAUGAAUUGUGUUAGAAGACCAACAUGACUGAUAGAUCAAUAUCAUGCAUGGCGGAGUGGGAAAUGUCUUCAUGAAUUUGCCCAAGUGGGCUAAAUUUACAGAAUUAAAGAAUUACAAGUUCAACGCACUUUUAGAGAAAGAUCAUUGCUGAUUUAAUAACUGCUUAGAUGCUGUCAGAAGAUUACAAAACAUCAGAGAAGAGGGAACCAAUUCUAAAAGGCAUUUAAGCCAGCAAGACAUACUAAAAAUAAAAUAUUCUAAUCACAAAAUGUCAGAUUGCCCUAUAAAAGUAUAAAACUAUAAAACUAUUCAUUGUGAAUCGUAUUGAUCAAAGUUUAACACAGAUCUACAUAUGUAUAAUCAUAUGACUUAUUUAUUUAAACUCGCAGAUGUUAGCUAGUUUACCAUAUGAUUAGUGAAAUUAUUGAAUUGCUUGCACUUAAAUCCGUCACAAAUGUCCAUGCCUUCCAAUGAAACAGAAUGGUGACAGUGAUUUGAGUUCUGUCUGUAACCUGAAUACCGAAUGCUUUAAGACCCUAGGUAAGUGUGUCAUUAACUGCAACUUGUGUGUCAUUGUGUUUGUAUUUAUGGUGAAUUUAUUAUUCUACUUCAGCAAUAGAAAAAAAAAAUACUUUAUGAAACUGAGCCAACAGUGAUAAUAAUUUCCCCAAAAGUCUAAGGGGAUAAUUGUGAUAUUUAGAAUUUCUGUUUAUGAAGUAGCAAUUUGCAAUCUUCGAUUCCAAAAUUUGUAUGCAAUUUCUGCAUUUUUGUUUUCUAAUGCUCAAUAUAUUACACAGGGUGUAAACUGUGCCUUACAGAUCAUUUUAGAGGGUGGCACUGUGAUCAUUUCAUAAGCUCCCAAGCCAAGAUUACGUUAUUUUUAAGCAUAGAUUUAUUCAAAUGUCUUACGCAUGAUGCAAUACAACUGGCAGCUGGACCUGUUGAGUAAUUACUCAACGCUUAGGUUAAUUAACGAGAACAAAAUGUGCAGAUUGGAAGAGAAUCCGCCAGGAUGGAAAACACAAAAUGAUCUGAUAGCUGGUUUGAGGAUGUGUGUAAUUGGACUGUGAGUGGGUGGUUUCAUAAUGAAAGGAGGAAGCUGAGGUUUAGAAAGAUUGCGGCUAGCAAUUAUUAUUGGAUAGGUUAAAUAAAGUUACUUACAAAAGAGGAAGAGCAAGUACUAUCAUACUGUGCUGUUUUGUUUUCUAUGGUUGGUGGUACUAGAAAUGCUGCUACAAAUACCAUUUGUAAUUUCAUGUUGUCAAUAAUAGGUUUAUUUCCUGCCAAGUCAAGCUCAUAAUUAAUCAUCCUGUUUGAGUAACCAAACACUGGUGAUCCUUAAAACACUCAAUUUGACUGCUCUUUUUUUUUGUCUAUGUGCAAGUCUGUAGUCAUUAGAAUUCCCAUUUGUAUUUAUUUGUGGAGCCUAAACAAUAGCAGGUUUUUAUUGAAUGUGCUUUUACUGCUCCUUGCUUUAAUUGGUAAAUGAAUAGUGCUAAAUUAGCUUAGGGGUCACUUUGAUCAAGCUUUCUUCAGCUAGGAUAAGUCACAGCUGGAGUAGAGCAUUUUCUAGUUCUAAAUGUUGUAAUUGAACCAAUUCAACCCUCAGUCCUGACCCUGAAGUAGUUACUGUAAUUCUGUCCUUGUAUCUGUUAAACCUGGAGUGGAAUGGCACUGAUUGGACACCCCUGCAUAAACCUCUUAUUUUCCAGGGUAAUCCUGCAAAGCCAUUGAUAAUGCAAUCCAGAAUGAUUCCCCAGUGGUGUAAAAUGCUCCAAUAGAACCCAGCUGUGGCUUUUCCUGAUCUGAUUGACCCUUUAGAGUGGUAUAAGGGCCCUUGCAAUUACCUUUUUAGUGGCAUAGAGAAAGUUUCAGGAAAAAAGUUCCCAACGAAUGCGUACAUUUUAAUUUGAUUUGAACACAGUAUCGAUCCCAGUUAAUUACAUUCAGAUUUGUCAAAACUUUAGUUUCCCACUAAAAAGUUGAAUUGCGGUGACCUGUAUUUUUUAUGGUGGGUACACACACACACAAAUAGCGUCGCUAUGACUGGAUAAUAUCCAGUAGUGCAAUAGUGAGAAAUGUAGAAACACUGUAUAAACAAUGCCUGUCUCUUGGUUUUAUAAAUUCAAGUGUAGCAAUGCAUAGAAAUCAUUUGAUGUCUUCAAAUAUUUUCAAUCGUUUUUUCGGGGUUUUUUUAUAUUUUGUAAAAUACAAGCUGUGCAGUUAUUGAACUGUGUAAAUCUGAUACAGAUAUGUGUGUUUAUAUAU